AUGGCGGCAUCCCUGGCUUGGUUGCUUGUUGCUAUCGUCCUCGCCUCUCUCUACCUCGCCAUGCACCACCGAGUAGCCGCCGCGCGCCGCCGCCGCCUUCCUCCGGGACCAACGCCUCUUCCGCUCGUCGGCAACCUCCUGUCCGUAUCGCGGAGCGGCCCCCACCGCUCGCUCGCGCGCCUCGCCGAGCGCUACUGCCCGCUCAUGCGCGUCCGGCUCGGCGUCGUCGAUUACGUCGUCGCCUCGUCGCCGGCCGUCGCGGGCGAUAUCCACCACCACAGCCACAACGCGCACCUUGCGUCCCGCCCGCUGUUCGACGUGUGGCGGGGCGCGGAGCACCACCGCAACUCCGUCAUCGUCCUCCCGCUGCACGGCGUGUGGCGCGCGCAGCGGAGGCUCGCUACGGAGGAGGUCAUGUCGCCCAGGAGGCUCGACGCGCUGGCGCCGACGCGGCGGGAGAAGGUUCGGGAGCUGAUGCGCUGCGUCGCCAGGCGAGCGGCGCGCGGCGAGCCCGUCGAGGUCGGGCUCGAGGCGUUCGAGGCAUUCCUGGGCAUCCUGUCGUGCACCGCGUUCUCCGCCGACCUCGUCGACCCGACCUGA